GGUGCCAACUACAACACCCUCUACAAGCAAGGUGCCAACUACAACACCCUCUACAAGCAAGGUGCCAACUACAACACCCUCUACAAGCAAGGUGCCAACUACAACACCCUCUACAAGCAAGACUCUGAAUAUAACUUCUACAAGUAUGAUGCCGGGUACAACAGUUUCUACAAGCAAGACACCAAUUCCAACAGCUUCAUCAAGCAAGACACCAGCUACAACACUCAUUUCUACAAGCAAAACACCAGCUAUAAUGACAGCUUCCACAAACAAGUCUGUAUCUAAACCACCUACAAGUAAGACUUCAGCUGCAACACCUGCAAACAAGACACUGGCUGCUACAAGAGCCUCCCCAGAGGAGACAGAAACUAUAACAGAAGUUUCUACAAGUAAAUUAUUAAUCACAGGUUCUACACAUACAGAUAGUAUGUCUGCUAGAAUAGCAGCAUCUAAAAAGUUAUUAAUUGAAACCCCCUCAGCUUCAGUAAACGAGACACCAUCUGCGAAGCAAAGAACAUCACUGUCAUCUGCAAUUAGUACCCCAACCUUUAAAAGUUCUGCAAUUACAUUAGGAGUCAGAGGUCCAUUAUCAUCUGUAAAUAAGAUGCCAGACAAGGCAUUUAUAUCACCUGCAUGUGCUACAGGCAGAACACCAGUUACUGCACCAUCAAAAUCUGCAGAUAGACUGCUUAUCUCCACAGUGUCAAAUUCCAUUGAUAGAUUAAUCACCAGCAGUCCCAGCAAGACAUCAAACACUUCCCUUCCAGAACUUGUAAUGGGAACACCAGUAGCCUGUGAGGAUUCAACAAAGACAGUUCUAAAAGCAUCAGAUAACAGAUCAGAUAGCCCUGCAUUGAUGACAACUGCUUCAAUGACAAGGACCACAAAAACGGUACCAGUGACUGCUCCUUCGGGUUCUCCAGGCAAGACACCAACCUACUCGCCACUACAGAUUGAUAAAGAAACCACAUCCAUUUUAAAAAGUUCCAGAAACGUUAGCAAGCCAAAUGAAGGUACUGGAGAAUCCUUCUUUAAGAAUAUAGUUGUCCUCAGCAACAUCAUGUACAAAAGAGUUCUUUCCAAAUUAAAUUCAGCCAGGGUUAUUGUCCUCGCAGACGAGGACAUAAGACUGUCAACCAUUCCAGACAUUGUGAGUAGAAAUGUGAAUGAACAGACAAAGAACUCACUGUGGAUCCUAGCACUGGGAAUCUAUGAUUUUGUUGCGUUUGAACCCUGUUCAUCCUGUAAGAGGUGCUUUACCCCAAUGUCCUCUCUCGCAUUCAGAGAGUGCAAGAACAGCAAGAGAAUGAAAGAUGUGGUAAAGAUCAUGCUGCAUCUUAGCCAGAAAAUGAAAGAAUCGGUGCAGAGGAAACUUGGGAACCAUGGCAUUGUGGUCGUAGUCCCUCCCAUACCAGCAACUGUGAUUGAGGAAGAGAGUUUCCCGGUUCACUCUGACCUCCACAAAGUUUGUGAAAUGAGUAAUGGAUAUUGCACUCCAAGCAAAAUUUUAAACUGUUUGUAUGCUAUUUUUAAUGCAUAUUGUAAUGCAUUGCACAUAGAUGAAGAUUUCAUUAACUGUGGAAUGUCACCACAUGUGAUUAUGCAGUACAGAGAAGCACUGAAUGGGAGGAACCUAGUGCCAGUAAUGGAUUUAAAGGAUUAUUCUUAUGUAACUAAAGCAUGGAUAGUGAUGAUGAAAGUGAUUAUCCAAAUGGCUCUGAAAAUUACACCAAGAAAACUAUUGUCUCAGGGGUUAAUAGAUGAGCCCUGUCCCACACCAGAGACUGAGCAAGGGAAACCAGAGUCCGACUCCCCACCAGCGGCCGUUUCCCAACCAACAGAGCAGGAAAGUUUGAAUCAUAAGUCCACAGCAGUAUCCACCAAAAAUCUUUCAGAGCUGAAAAAAAUUGUGUCUAGCACCACACCUGCUAUGGUCUCGAUGUCUGCAGAACAAGGAAAAUUUAGUCCCAUGGAGCUUCUUGAGCAAGAAAAAUCAAACUGCACAUUGGCAACAGUAGCCCUCUUAGAUCCCUCAGAACAGGAUAAUUUGAAUCUUAAAUCUGCACCAAAAGAAGCCGUAAAAUGUUUAGAGAAUGAAAGAUCAAAAACAAACUCCACAACAAAGAAUUUAGAGCCGGAGGAAAUCGUGAAUAAAUUGAAAUACAACUACAGAGAUGUCAUUGUCAUAGGAUCCAAGCACAUUUUUGAACAGUUAGAAAACAUGGAGCUGGAUUUGCCAAUACAUUUCAUUGAGCAGAGAAUAUACUUCAGUGACUUCAACAAAUUUACAAUCAAAGAACAUCAAAGGAAGUGGCCACAUCAUACUCUCUGGGUAUUACUGGCAGACUUGCAUUCAGUCUUAUAUACCCCUACUCUUGCUGGGCCAAAAUGUGCUGCAGCAAAAUGUCAGAGUCCUUUACUGUGCUAUGACCUGAAAAGUUCAUAUUCCUGCGCUCGAGUCAAGAAGGACAUUAGUGUAAUCAUUAACCGAGCAAAGGAUUUCAUCUCGGAUUCAAGAGAGUACUUAGGGAAAGGUUCCUCCAUGGUUUUAGCCCCCAUACCCCCAGAUUCUGUCUUAUGGGCAGGGGUAAGCUCUCAGUGCACUCAUAACUACAUCCACACAGUAAGUGAAAAGCAGUUGAACAUCUCCUUUCUCAUCGGUCAGUCACAGCUGUGGAAUGCGUACAGUACUGCUCUUUUAUCAGAGUGGAUUUCAAUGAUAGAGAACUUGUCUCUUAAAUCAGAACAGAGAGCUAUGCUGAAAAAGUACCAUAGCAAAAGGAAGCUUAUUUUGCACUUCAUAGAUAUUUUGAAAGAUAUUUCAAAGGAUGAGGGAUUAUUGGGGGACUGGAAUGAACUUGUGAUAAAUAUGCUGUUUUGCUUAAUGAAUGCAGAGGAUUCUGAAGUAACGCCAGUCGUGGAAGUGUCAAAAGGCUAUGAAAUCAACCCUUCAGCGCAGGCAAAGAAGUCAGCCAUUUACCCAGUGAAAGUGCAGACAACUCUGAAUGAAGUACUGGAAAAAACACUUUCAGAACGAUGUGGGAAUGGUGUUGAAAUCAUAUCACCCAAGCCUAGCUGUGAAGAGCAUCAAAACACAAGGACAAGUCUUUCACCAGCGCCCAAGAAGCAGUUGGAGGAUUGGCCCAAACCUGCAGAACAGGAUCCUCGCAGAUUGACAAGGGCUGGGGAAGGAAGCAACGCCCAAGAGGAAGAAGGGAACAACAUUAAGAUAGGAAUCCCUGUUUGUCUUGAAGCUGAAAAUGUGUCUGUUAAAGAACCAAGUCUUCAUGAGAGAGGCACGAGAUGGGACAAGAAAACUCCUGGAAUAAGAGGACAUUCAUGCACUGAGAAGAAUGGGAUCACUUCUGGAAAUUCCAGGCUUCAUGUUGUUGUAGGACAAGCAAACCAAACUCAUCCCCAAAAGUGUUCAGUUCAGUCAAAUAGUGUAAUGAUUAAAGCACACAAUAUGUUAAUACACCACUCUGUAGCUCUGGAAAAAUGCAUGUUGAGUCCAACAGAAGAAGGAACGUUUGUAAAUUCUUUCAUUCCUGGCAGCCCACUCACCCAGAAAGCUAAUUGCCAAGGAAAGGCAGCUGAAUUGACUUCAUGUGAAGACCAGGAGGAGAUAUCAGAUGCUGGGCAGACAGGGGCUGAUUCAUCUCUAACAACUGCUGUAGAGUCAUCUUGCGAAUCUGCAAAAACUGACACCAAUCAGCAGAUGAAUAGAAGAGCAAUUUCAAUAAAGAUUCGGAAAAUACCUUCUGUAAGUUGCUCAAAAGGAUCUGUUGAAGAUGAAGGGCCCCAAGCAUGGGAGGUUGUUCCUGCUGUGGAGGGUAGAGCUCAGAAGUCCAAUUGUUUAGCUGCUAAUGGAAAAGGAAAUCCCUCUGAACUUGCAGGCCCAGCUGACAAGCAGAGUGACACCUUGCAGUGUAUAAAUUCUAAUAUUCCUGCCAGUCUUUCAAAACUUGUCCAGCCAGACACAGUCAGCCAGCAAGACUGUGCUCCCCAAGAAGGCCAACUGGAGGAAAAUCGGUUGACCAAACAGGAGUUACCUUUAUAUCCUAUCAAAAAAGAUGAAAAAACUCCAACAGCUUCUAAAAUCCUCAAAGAAAGAGGAAGCAUGACAGCAACAGCUGGAAACAGGUGUUGGAUAACUAUUGAGAAUAUUAAUCCUCAUUUUAAAGAUAGUGAUGUUAAGAAUCUCCUGGAAGUGUGUGGGUCGGUUGAAUCCCUUAAACGUCCUGUCACACAGUUUGAUAAGACAGCAAGUAUUCUUAUGGUGGAAUUUGUCAAUUCCUGUGCAGCUUCACAUGCUCUAGGCAUUCUCAACUCUUAUCAGAUAUUUGGAAAAAAUGUUAAAGCCAAGAGAUCAGGAGGAUCUAACUUGCCAGUGGAUAUAUCAGACAGCAGAAAUGAGGAACUGGUGUCAGAGAUUCUCCGCAGAGCAACAGAAAAUAACAUCCAGACACACCUACCAAAAACCAUGAUGGGCAGGAGCGUGUGUGGUGCCCCCACUGCCUUCCCAAAGGAGGCUGCAGAGGUGCAAGUUGUGGGUGUCAGAGGAAAUGUCAGCUUGAAGGACGAUGUUCGUAAAAAGGAUUGUGAGAAAGGCGAGGAAGAUUUGGAUAAAGGCAAGGGAGCGCUGAAGAAGCAUGAUUUGGAGAAAAGCAAGGGAGAUCUGAAGAAAGAUAACUUACAUAGAGGCAAAGUAGAUCUGAAGGAGGAGGAUGAUUUGAAUAAAUGCAAAGGAGAUAUGAAGGAGGAAGAUAACUUGGGUAAAGGCAAAGGAGGUCCGAAAAGUGCUAGUUUGGAUAACGGAAAGGGAGAACCUAAGAAAGAUUACUUUGAUAAAGGCAAAGCAGAUCUGAAGGACAAUUUGGAUGAAGGCAGGGGGAAUCCGGAGAAUAAUCUGGAUAAAGGUGAAGGAGACCUAAAGGAAGAGGCUUUGGUCAAAGGCAAGAAGGAUCAGGAGGGUCAUUUCCAUGAAGACAAAGAAGAUCUGAACAAGGAUGAUUUGGAAGAACGUAAAGACCUCAAGGAGGAGGAUUUGAAUAUAGGCAAAGAAUAUCUGAAAGGGGAUGAUUUGGAUAAAAGCAAGGGAGAUCUAAAGAUAGAGGAAUUGGAUAAAGGCAAGGGAGAUGUGAAGAAAGGUGAGACGGAGAAAGGCAAGGGAGAUGUGAAGAAGGGUGAGACAGAUAAAGGCAAGGGAGAUGUGAAGAAGGGUGAGACGGAUAAAGGCAAGGGAGAUGUGAAGAAGGGUGAGACGGAUAAAGGCAAGGGAGAUGUGAAGAAGGGUGAGACGGAUAAAGGCAAGGGAGAUCUCAAGGAGGAAGACUUGGAUACAGGUAAGAAUGAUUUGAAAAAGGACAAUUUGGAUAAAGCCAAAGAUCUGAAGAAUGAAGAUGUGGAUAAAGGCAAGAAAGAGCACAAGAAGGAUGAUUUGGAUGAAGGCAAGGGAUAUCUCGAAAAGGAAGGGGAGGAUAAAGGCAAGAGAGAUCUGAAGGCGGAGGGUUUGGAAGGAAGCAAGGAAGAUCUCAAAAAGGAGGAUUGUGAUGAAAAUAAGGAAGAUUGUGAUGAAGUCAAAGAAGAGGAUUUGGAUAAAGGCAGUGAAGCAGCGGAGGAAAGUCCGAAACUGGACUUGACUAUGCUCGAGAAAAAGUCUGAGCAAAUCAUGGAGACCUCUAAAGAGGAGGCAAAGUGGGUUAUCAAAGUGCCACUUCUUUUUAAAAAGUGUAUUGAGCUGGACUACCAAAUCGCCAAAAAAGCAAAAAAUAAGUCUGAUUACAAAGAUGGCGAUCUAGCCCCCAAAGAGAGAAGAGACAGAGACCUGCGCAGAAGGAGGCUAAGUAGCGACACCUGUGGUAGCAGUAGUAAAAGGAGAGCUGGCAGUGGAGAUUGUACCACUCAAGACCAUAACAGGAGUAGCAGGAGGCAUAGUAGCAGCAGGAGCAGGAGGAGGAACAGUAGCAGCAGGAGCAGGAGGAGGCAGAGUAGGAGCAGAAGCAGGAGGAGAAGUUGCAGUCCUAGCAGUCGGAGCGGGAGUGGCAGCCAGGAGAGAAGCUGGAGCUCACGGAGGAAACUGGAUGAGGAAGAGUGGAGCACCCAUAGGAAAUGGAGGGAGGGGGAAUCACCACGGCAAAGAAAGACUGCCAGAUGCGGGGAGAGCAAGAGUAAUUAUGACAGCGAAAACCACGGGUACAAUCACAGGAAGAGGAAAGACUCGAACUGGGAAAAUUCUGAAAGAAGUUCAAGGUCUGAAGGAUCAUUGAGAAAUUCAUCAGAAUGGAGCAGAAGUGGAACCAGCAGCAGGUCACACACAGUUUCAUAUAGGAUGGCAUCACAUUCAUCACCUGAAAGAGAAACCAAAAGAAGACGGACAUCUUGGGAGAGGCAGAAGUCAGGCUCCUCUAGAAGAUGUCCAAGCACGUCACCAUUGUGGGCAUCAUCAUCGUCGCCUUUAUCGUCAGAGAUGUCGUCACCUGUACUGCAUGCAAAAUCUUCCUCCUCGCUCAUGCCUGCAAGAAAUGUGGCAUCAACAUCAACUUCAUCAACAUCAUUUCCCAUAGCAUCAGCUUCAUCUCCACCCUCAUUAUCCUCAUCCUCAUUGUCAGUAUCAGUAUCAUUAUCACCACCAACAGUCUCCAUACCCACAGUAACACCAGCUAUUGUAUCUACAGAUUCUGGAUGUGAUUCAGGGAACAUCUUAAACCCAGACAUCAUGAAGCAACUGGAGAGAGCAGAGGAAGACAUGAAGAAUGAUCUGGUGUCAGAAUACCAGGUGUUCCAAGAAGUACCAGAAAUCCAUCCACAGUUUGAAGAGGUGCAUGAUAUGUUUACGGAAGAGUACAAAAGCAAAUUUGGAGAUGUUUUAGACUCAGAAUUGUGUGAUACAAUUUGGAAAAAGUUUUGGAAAGAAGUUUUGCAAGAGAAACAAGAAUCCGAGUAUCAGGAGAAACUUGAAGUGCUCAGACAGCAGUACAAGGCUCUUGACCUUGAAAAAAGCAUUACCAAUCCUUCCAAGGAUGGGUGUAAGGCUAGUGAAAAUAGUACGGUGACUAGUCUUCAGGGGCAGUCAAAGGGAAGUGAUAUUUCCUGUAUGAAUGCAGACUUAGUAAAAUGCUCUUUGUUGCAAGCAUUUGCAUUACUGGAGGAACUUUCAGAAUUUCUCGGUAUUUUUGCUCCAGCAAUGAAAAUGUUAAUGGAAGAAGUUGUGAAAUUAGGUGUAAGUUCUAAAGAAGCUUUAGAAGUUUUAAGCACUGAUGAUAAUAACAUAUUGAUAAAAAUGGUGUCUCACAAACUUUUAUGUCUGAGCAAAGCAGUAGAAAGUCCCCUUGGUGACAAAUUGCUUGAAGGAAGCACCGAAACCCUAAAACUACUCCAAUAUUCGGUAAUACCUCCGGAAGUCAAGAAAUCUUUCAAUGGAGUUGAUGUAGAAGCUGUUGCAAGAUCCUCCCAUGGUAAGGACGUUCCGUCAACUAUUGAGAUGAUAAAGAAAUCGCUCGAGGAAAGUGGCUUCGACAGUUACUCAGCAGAGGACGUCCACCAGAUUUAUCUAGCUGUAUCUCAUCAGCAGUUUGAUAUGGCUUCCUGGAUCAGAAAUAGUUGCUUGUGAUGAAAAAUCACUGAAGGCAGAAUCUGCAGUUCAUAUUAGAAAUGUAUGACAUAUUUCCUUUUAUUUCUAAUAAAUGAGAUAAAAAUAAUGAAUAUAUUUUUUAUGAUUUCAGACCAGUUUUGGAUGUACAAAUCUUAAUAAGAUUGCCGUACAGAACAUGCUGCAUGUUCUUACCUUAGAGAAAUUAAAAGUUUCUUUUUU